UUUGUCUUAUUCCCAAUUUAUUUUUCUUCCAUCGUACAGAAAAUGAAACGGCCGAUCUUCUCUCUUCUCCAAUUCCAUUCAUCCAUCGGACACAGAGAAGAGAACAACAACACAGCUCCAUCAUCCAAGUCAACAACAACAACACAGUUGCUCCUGCUCUGAUCUUCAUCAGUCUGAAGCUCCCUUCCAGUCGCAGCCGUCUUUAGCUCGCAUUUCACUCCCAUCGUCAGACGUCGAACUCGCAAUCGAUAACUCUGACAGAACCAGUGAACUCAGAGCUCAUCUCGCCGGGAAAAGCAAACGGAAUUGAUCCUCGGCCGUCAGAAACAGUGACAAAUUCCGUUCAGUCAACAGAGAAACGGAAAUGGAUUCAUCACAAAGUCCAGCUGCAGGUGGAAAUGGGACGCUGAUAUCUCACGGCAAUGAUGCAGCAGCUUCUGCAUCAGGAGCUGAUGAUUCUAUGCAAAACCUUAGCCAGAUCAGCAACUCCAUUGAGAAAACCCUGGGCCUCAUCCAUCAGCUCUCCCUUACUGUCUCAACCUUCAAUUCUGCUUUGCAAAUGCCACUCCUCCAACGCAUCAAUGGUCUUGUUGCGGAGCUUGACAACAUGGUCAAAUUGGCAGAAAAGUGUAACAUUCAGGUUCCUAUGGAGGUUGUCAACUUAAUUGAUGAUGGGAAGAAUCCAGAUGAAUUCACCAAAGAUGUUAUAAACAACUGUAUUGCAAAGAAUCAAAUCACUAAAGGAAAAACUGAUGCUUUGAAGGAUUUGCGCAAGCAUCUUUUGGAGGAAUUGGAGCAGAACUUCCCUGAUGAGGUUGAAACUUUUAGAGAGAAUCGUGCUGCUGCUGCUGCUGAGUUGAAACGUUUGGCGCAAGCACCAAGUGUACUACCAAAUGGAGAUGCAAGGGCGAAAGUAGAGCAUUGAGUGAUAUAUUUCUAAUGCCUUUGCUUUUCUGUUAAUGACAGUAUGGAACUCUUGAUACUUUGGUUUUGACAUUUGUAUGUAUAGUGCAUUUCAACACUGUAUCCUUGUUCUUGUAACUCUCCUAGUUUUGCUUACAUUUUAUCAAUGGAAUGUCAUUAUUACAACUAUAUUUUAAUGUGUAUGGGUGUAUUUUAACGA